CUCACGUGACGAGUGUUAAAUGCCCACACUGCAAGAGCCCGCCUGGCAGACAAUCGUAAAGCCGCUCGGGGCCGUUCACCUGCUCCCGCCUCCCAGAGCCCCGACCCGGCCCAGCCACCCCUGCCCCCUCCACUGCCUGCCCCCCGCCAGAGCCCGCGCUCGCGCUGGGCAAGGAGCCGAGCGGGUCCAGAGGCCGAAAGAGGAUGCGACCAGAGGCAGCUGUCCCGAGCAGCGCACGGUGAUCGCCUCCCCCGGAGGAGGAGGCGCCUAGACGGUUGCCUCCUUUCUUGUUUCCCCACCACCACCCCCGUAAUUACAUUGGCUGCUGGAGGGGACCGGGAGAGACAGAGGAGGCGCCUGGCUUCCCCCGCACGCCCGCCGCCUCUGCUCUUUCCGUCUCGGGCCAGGAUGACUGGAGUCUUUGACAGUCUAGUGGCUGAUAUGCACUCGACCCAGAUCGCCGCCUCCAGCACGUACCACCAGCACCAGCAGCCCCCGAGCGGCGGCGGCGCCGGCCCGGGUGGCAACAACAGCAGCAGCAGCAGCCUCCACAAGCCCCAAGAGUCGCCCACCCUUCCGGUGUCCACCGCCACCGACAGCAGCUACUACACCAACCAGCAGCACCCGGCGGGCGGCGGCGGCGGCGGGGGAUCGCCCUACGCGCACAUGGGUUCCUACCAGUACCAAGCCAGUGGCCUCAACAACGUCCCUUACUCCGCCAAGAGCAGCUAUGACCUGGGCUACACCGCCGCCUACACCUCCUACGCUCCCUAUGGAACCAGUUCUUCCCCAGCCAACAACGAGCCUGAGAAGGAGGACCUUGAGCCUGAAAUCCGGAUAGUGAACGGGAAGCCAAAGAAAGUCCGGAAACCCCGCACCAUCUACUCCAGUUUCCAGCUGGCGGCUCUUCAGCGGCGUUUCCAAAAGACUCAAUACUUGGCCUUGCCGGAGCGAGCAGAGCUGGCGGCCUCUCUGGGCCUCACCCAGACUCAGGUCAAAAUCUGGUUCCAGAACCGCCGGUCCAAGUUCAAGAAGAUGUGGAAAAGUGGUGAGAUCCCCUCGGAGCAGCACCCUGGGACAAGCGCUUCUCCACCUUGUGCUUCGCCGCCAGUCUCAGCGCCGGCCUCCUGGGACUUUGGUGCGCCGCAGCGGAUGGCGGGCGGCGGUGGUCCGAGCAGUGGCGGCAGCGGCGCCGGCAGCUCGGGCUCCAGCCCGAGCAGCGCGGCCUCUGCUUUUCUGGGCAACUACCCCUGGUACCACCAGGCCUCGGGAUCCGCCUCACACCUGCAGGCCACGGCGCCGCUGCUGCACCCCACUCAGACCCCGCAGCCGCAUCACCACCACCACCACCACGGCGGCGGGGGCGCCCCGGUGAGCGCGGGGACGAUUUUCUAACCCCAGGGAGAACUCGCCAGAGACUGAGAGCAGAGACCACUUAUCCUCAUUGCUUACCCCGAGCCGGGGUUCCCUCCUCCCGGCCCGCUGCCGCCACCCACCUCUCCUGGAGGCUGCGAUCUGCAGUGGCCCGUCUCAGGCCCUGCUCCCUCCCGGGGCCACCAAACGGGCCCCUCUCUCGGGGCAACCGGACAGCAGCUUGGCAAAGGCCUCCCUAAAAGGCCGCAUUUCUGACCUGAGCCCCGGGUCUCGGCUGUUUCGAGCCCCGCCUCGGACUUGCCUUCCCUCCCCUCCGGGUGAGCCUGUCUGGCGCCUUUCUCGCCCCGGGCUGAGAGCUGGGUCCCGGGAGAUGGACGCCUCCCAGGCGCGCGAGGCUUCCCGGGCGCUCUGAGGCUUCUUUCUCCUCGCCAGCCCCCCGGGCUCAGCUCGGACGCUGCAGUUAUCGACCUCCCGGUCCCGCCUGCCCGCCCUCCCCCACGUGGCCCCUUGACCCGGGCGGCCUCGCCGCUUCUUUCCUCCCUGCAGUUCCCAGCCCUCGGAGCCCCCAUCCCUUAUCUUACCCCACCGCGCUCCCCCAGGAGCGCUCCCUCAGCUCUCUCCUCAUCCAUCACCAGUGGAGUUUUUUUAUUUUUAUUUUUUUAAAAGUUUAGGUGCCUUUGCGGAUGACCUCAUUUUGAUGUUGAAAAAAUGAUUUUUUAAUAUGUGAACACUGCAAAAAUGUGUUUAAAUUAUCUUUUUUAAAACCUAUUCAGGAUUAUUAGCCUGGACUUGGACACAGAGUUUGUAAAUAAAGGUGUCUGUGCAGAUUUUUCCCACUGAUUUGUUUGUAUAAAAAUACCCAUCUUUUCAGACUUUUUUGUAAACCCCCAGUUGUGAAAACUGCAGUUUAGCAGUGACCUCAGCAACCCCUCCUUUUUAUUUUUUCCUUUAAAAACAUUUCAGUUAAAUUAAGCUACUGAUUUGGAUUUGUUUUAUCGUAUCCUAAAGUCUUUGUUGUUGAAAUGAAAGGUAUUUUGGGGUUAUUUAUUAUGAAAACAACAUGCUCUUAAUGUUGAUUUUACAAUAUGAAGAGAUUAUUUAAAUAAAUUAUUGUUUUCAUUGGA